GGUCAGUGUCCGGGACUUGACGCUGGUACCGGACGCAGCUGUUCCGGACUCGGACUGAACCGGACUCUUGUUUCUGUGAUGCGCGGCGUGGGCCGGUGCUGCUUGGGUUGCGAUGCCAUACGUGGACCGACAGAAUCGCAUCUGCGGCUUCCUGGACAUCGAGGAGAACGAGAGCAGCGGCAGGUUUCUACGGCGAUACUUCAUCCUGGACGCGCAGCAGGGCAGCCUGCUGUGGUUCAUGGACAACCCGCAGAAUCUGCCCAAAGGAGCUGAGAACGUUGGCUCUCUGAACCUCACCUACAUCUCCAAGGUCAGCGAUGCCACUAAGCUCCGCCCCAAGGCGGAGUUCUGCUUCGUGAUAAACGCAGGAAUGAGGAAGUUCUACCUGCAGGCAAACGACCAGCAGGACCUGGUGGAGUGGAUCAGUGUCCUGAACAACGCAACAAAGAUCACAGUUCCUAAGGCGGACGAGGCCCCGCCCACCACCGAGGCGCUCCAGGACACCCUGGGCGCCGUCAAACAGGUCUCCUACAGGACGGAGAUCAUCGGCGGCGUCCCCAUCAUCACCACCACGCAGGAGCAGGGGGAGGGGCCAGAGGGGGCGGAGCGUGGCAGUCUGAGGCGGCCUCACACCCAGAUGCCCUACUUCCUGUCCAGAGGAGUCCAGGACCAGGCCUUCAUCAAAGCCGGCUUCUGCGUCAAACAGGGAGCUGUGAUGAAGAACUGGAAGAGGCGGUACUUCAUCCUGGACGAAAACGCCAUCAGUUACUUCAAGUCGGACCUGGAGCGUGACCCGCUGAGAGUCAUCCCUCUGAAGGAGAUCCAUAAAGUCCAGGAGUGUAAACAGAGUGACCUGAUGAUGAGAGACAACCUGUUUGAGAUGGUCACCAGCUCCAGAACCUUCUAUGUUCAGGCGGACAGUCCAGAGGACAUGCACAGCUGGAUUAAAGCCGUUUCUGGAGCGAUCGUGGCUCAACGCGGCCCCGGGCGCUCGGCCAACACUGUCCGACAGGCCCGUCGACUCUCCAGUCCUUGUAUACAGAGGUAUACGCCCUUCUGCACGGGUGAAGGCAGCACGAGUGCAGUGACUCCUCCCCUUCCCCAACGUCCUGCUCCACCUUCCACUACUCCGUCGAUGAUGACCUUCUCUACCCCCCCCCAGCGGACCCUCAGCCUCACCCUGGACCCCCCCCAGGACCGGGAUGGCGUCCUGGGCCUGUUGCCGUGGAGACUGAGCGGCGUCCAGGCAUCGGUCCUGAUGCCUCUACCGACGGCGCGGUGCCGCCUGUCACUGCAGGAGACACCGUCCAAGUGACACCACUGUACGACCGGUCGCCGUGGAAACCACGCAGCAAAGUGCAGCGGCCCGGCGACCUCGUAGACACCGACAUGCAGAUGACCCUGAUCUGACCACGACCCGUCACAUGACUCUGCCGCAAAGCAUCAUGGGACCAGCUGGGUGUGGUUUGUGGAGACUCCAGGAUUCUAAAAACCCAGAUGCAGUGGGUCAAGUUCACGUCCACCAGGUCCAUUGGGUCCACCAGAUCCACCAGAUCCAAAAGAUCCUCUAGAUCCUCCAGGUCCGCCGGAUCCACUAGAUCCACCAGGUCCACCAGAUCCACUAGAUCCACCAGUUCCACCAAAUCCACUAGAUCCACCAGGUCCACCAGAUCCACUAGAUCCAUCAAGCCCACCAGAUCCACUAGAUCCACUAGGUCCACUAGAUCCUCGAGAUCCACCAGGUCCACUAGAUCCAUCAGGUCCACCAGACCCCCCCCCCCACAUGUCACAGAUUGGUUUACUGUCCCCCACAUGGAACCACCGUGGGCAUGAACUCAUUCACAGACAGAAGGAAACGUCUCUAAUGACUGAUGGACAGAUCCGUCCUCCUGAGGUUCGGUCCAGAAACAGAAGUCCAGUUUUGAACAUUGGAGUCAAAACAUAGUUUGGCUCCGCUCACAAGUCAGAGAUCGAAUAUCGUUUGUCACCAACAUCCAAUCAGAGCAGACGAUUCCAGUGACAAUCACAGACUCACGAUGAAGAACAUGGAUCGGAACAUGUUCCCUCAUGUUCUGGUGGAUCUUUGAGGGUUCAUCCUGGAUCUGAUCUGGUCCUGGACCUGGACUCCUCUGUGUUCUGUGGUCUUUCAUUCUUUGAGGAUCUUUGAGGGUUCUUCCUGGGUGCUGGUUCUGAUCGUCAGUGGUCCUUCCUCUGAAACCCUCCAUGUUUACUGGUUUUCAGACCAAUGACGUGAAUCUGAUUUUUGACAAACUGACAGAACAUCCACAAACGGAGGGAAAGUCAAUCCAUGCUGCUUCUGUUUCUGCAGCGAAACCAUCGGAGGUUUGACGACAUCGAGAGAAACUCCGACAAACAAACAAACAAACAAACACACACAGGCUGUUGAACUGAAGGGACUCCUCGUUAGUGCCAAAAAUUAAUUAAAUCUAAUGAAUAAACCAAACCCUGGUCCAAACCAAACCCUGGUCCAAACCAAACCCUGGUCCAAACCAAACCCUGGUCCAUACCAAACCCUGGUCCAAACCAAACCCUGGUCCAAACCAAACCCUGGUCCAAACCAAACCCUGGUCCAAACCAAACCCUGGUCCAUACCAAACCCUGGUCCAUACCAAACCCUGGUCCAAACCAAACCCUGGUCCAAACCAAACCCUGGUCCAAACCAAACCCUGGUCCAAACCAAACCCUGGUCCAAACGCUGCUCAGAUCUGUGUGGAACAGAAGCUUCUUCAAUAAAGGACCUUCUUCAUCCUCUGGAGACGGUAGAAAACGUCCCUUUAAACCCUUUAACCCUUUAGAGUCACUCAUUGAAAUACUUAGUUGGUUAGUGGACCUCAUCAUCUACCUCCUGGUUGGUUGCCAUGACAACAGUCCCCUCCCUCCUGCCAUAAAACAUCCCAUCAGCACCAACUAAAAAGAAAAACACUCAUAUUCACUCUUCACAGCUUCUAUAAACGUCUGUAAAAUCUGAAUCUUUGUAUAGUUUUAUACAAACCAACACGAGGAACAGGAUUGGACCAGAUUUAAUGUCUGUGGAAAUGACCAAAAAUAGUCACUUGCCCGAUAAAGACUUAAAACUGACUCUACACUUGUCUUCGUUAAGAAUGCGUCUCGUUUCCUCCGGGACUUGAACUCAGCGCUUCCUUUUCCUCCGCCGUCACGUGACGACGCUGCGUUUCCAUGGAGACGUUUCCAUGGAUACGCCCGGUGUCACGAUCUGAUCACUGUGAUCCGCCUUGGAGUGUUUUGUGUUGUAUUUGUGUGUUUUUUAUUCUUAAACUCAGAGUGUGUGGGAUAUGAGGGCUCAGACUAAGGAAUAUUUAUCUGUGGGUUCUUGAAUUUUUAAGAAAAGAGCUGAAUAUUAAAUGUCCAGAUAUCAAAAAUGUCAACGUGAAACCCCACAUUUGGUCCAUUUGAUUAUGUUUUUUAUAUGUUUUGAAUUUGUGUGUACAAUUGAAACAGUGACAAACAACUGUUUUUGUUGUUGUUUUUUUUUAAAUUUGUACAUGAAUAAUGAAAUGAGUCAUUUUUUUUCAUUUUCUGAUUGUGGAUUCUGAAUUGAAUAUGAAAAGAUAUACAGACAAUGAUCCACAGACUGUCCAGGGUGCAGACGGUCCCUUCAGAGUGGGGGUCAAACAUAGGGCCUGCCCACCAGCCCCCCCCCCCAAAUGGUCCAUUUCGGCAGUAAGAUGACAACAUUAAACAUCCAGUAAAAUAAAA